CAUUUUAGUUGCGACCAAAAGGAAAACGAAAGUGGAAAUGUUGCGUCGCCGGCUGUCGUUCCAUCUCCUCGCUCGCCCACGCCGCUCGCUCUCGGCCAGCCGGUUGUAAAGUCGGGUGAAAAUACAUUGAGUCCCCCGAAUCGCCGUUGGUUCUGCUCGAUUUGGCUGUCAAAGGUUGGUGGAUUUCGAAGCCGAGGGAAAAUAUCUGCCGGAAAACACCAGUGUGACGUGUCACUAUGAUAGAACGCGAAAUUAUCCACACUACGCCCGCUUCCAAGCGCAUUUUUGAUGUCCUUCAGGACAUCCUGCAGUUCUUGGUCCUCUUCGUGCGCAUUAUUCUGGAGUUAUUCGUUACUCUGGUGCAGACGUUCUUGCCCAAACAUCAGAAGGAUGUCAGUGGGGAAAUCAUUCUGAUUACUGGAACAGGACAUGGUAUCGGUCGGGAACUGGCCCUUCACUACGCCUCUCUGGGCAGCACAGUCGUUUGUGUGGACAUCGAUGAGAAGAACAACCAGCAGACAGUCCAGAAAGCCAAGCGAUUGAAUAUCGGCGAUGUACACGGCUUCAGCUGUGACGUGUCCAAGAGGGAUGAGGUAAUGGCUCUGGCGGACCGUGUAAAAGCGGAAGUUGGACCCAUUUCCGUGCUGGUGAAUAAUGUGGGUAUUAUGCCCACUCAUCCGAUCCUGCAGCAGUCGGCCGAGGAGAUCCAGCGAGUGUUCGAUGUUAAUGUCUUCUCGCAGUUCUGGACGAUUCAGGCCUUCCUGGGCCAUAUGCAGGAGAAGAACCGUGGGCACAUCAUUUGUCUCUCCUCGAUAGCUGGUCUGGUGGGAAUUGCCAACUUGGUUCCCUACUGCGCUACAAAGUUUGCGGUACGUGGGCUGAUGGAGUCUCUUCAUGCGGAGCUACGCGAGGGACCCUACAGGGAUCUGAUCAAGACCACCACCAUCUUUCCCUAUAUGACAAACACUGGCCUGUGCAAGCAUCCCAAGGUAAAGUUCCCCUCGAUCCUGGGCCUGCUGGAUCCCAAGCAGGUGGCCCGCCGCAUAGUGGAGGCACACCGCUCCGAUGUCAUGGAGGUCACCAUUCCCAGUUGCCUGCUUCACAUCAACAACUGGACGAGACUCCUGCCAGAUCAUUGUGGCCUGAUGCUCAAGGAUUACAUCGACAGUGGCGUUGAGUCGGACUUAAUUUAGUUUUACCUUAGCAUAGAUAUCAAAACGAGUACAAUGAUAUUAUUAUUGGAGUAUGAUAUUCGAAAUAUUCAAUAAGUGAACAUCGAGCAAAUACAUUUCCGGGGAAACAAAAAG